CCACCAACGACAACACCCCUGCUUUUGCAAUCACCGGUCCUCUCCAGCGGUUAAUUUUUAAAUCCACUUCUACUCAUUGGUUUUCACGUUACAAGACAAAACUUUGUUGGACCGAAAUUUGCUGCCAGACGGAUACAAAAUGACCCUCACGUCAAAGGCUCCGUGUUUCAAAUCCAAGUUCAUCACCGCUGAGCUGGCUCGCCUGUUCAGCCAGUCAGACAGUGAGGAGGAGUUUGAAGGUUUCAGCGAGGAUGAGGAAGAAGAAGACGACAGAGGAUGCCGUAGCAAACGGCUGAAGACCAAGAUGAUGGAUUCAGAGGAGGACAGCGACGUAGACACUGGCUUCUACUCUGAUGGCGAGGAGGCACCCCCCCCAAAGAGGAGGAGUCUUUUAGUAGCCCUGAGGUUUCCUAUGAAAAGACUGUCUACUCCCAAACAGGAACCACAGGAGAAAAAUGUCAGAAAGCCCAGCAAAGAAACUCCCCCUUCACAGAGAGCCAGAGGAAGGCAGAGGAUGAAGCAGAGGGAGGAGGAGGAGGAGGAGGAAGAAGAAGAAGACGACGACGACGAAGAAGAAGAGGAACAGGAGGAAGAAGAAGAGGAGGACGACGACAAAGAGAAGGUCCUGUCUCAGAGUCUAAGGAAACGAGACAAGAACAUCCAGGAAAACAAGGCCAUGCUGGCUAAGCUGUUUGCUGACCUGACCACCAUGGCUGACCUGACUCAGCCCACCACCCCUCAAAAGAAGAAGAAACAAGCAUCAGAGAAAGCAAUGGCACGGAAACGCAAGUUUGAACCAGAGAUGGGAUCAGAAAGGAGGAACCCGUCCCGUAAGGCUCGUCCUCCUGAGAACUUUGCGGUGGAAGAAAAGAGUGAGCCGGUCACUCACAGAGGCCCCAGGACUGUAGACAUCAGGAGACUGGUGGAGGUGGACGAGGAACAUAUCGGUGAGAAACGGAAAAAGAGGAAGAGUCACAUUUCGAGGAGGAGUCAGUAUGUGGUGAGGUCAGUGGAUGAAAUCACCAAAGAAGACCUGGACAACAUAGCGUACCGCAGCAAAGACAAGAUCUGGGACAAAGAGAAUGGCAGCUCGUGCCACCAGUGCAGACAGAAGACUCUGGACACGAAGACAGUGUGUCGCAGUGGUUUCUGUGUGGGGGCCAAAGGUCAGUUCUGUGGGCCGUGCUUGAAGAACCGCUACGGAGAGGACGUACGCACUGUGCUGCUCGACCCGACAUGGUCGUGUCCCAUCUGUCGAGGGAUGUGUAACUGCAGUCUGUGUCGUAAGAAGGAGGGCCGCUGCGCUACCGGCAUCCUGGUGGGAUUGGCCCGCUACAAUGGCCAUGACAAUGUCCACGAGUAUCUGGAGAGUAUUCAGAAAGAGCUGCAGUAAAGUCCAGAGUAUUGGCCAGCGAGGAGAACCUGCUCGUACAGCUGGUACCUGGAGGAGGUUCUGGUGCAGUACAGUACUGUAGAACUCAUUUUAAUGCACAUUUUUAGGCAUAGAUCAACCUUUUAUCUAACAAGAGAAACAAAAGCAAAAAGAUUUUUUUUUUCAUGUCACCUUAAGAUAAGGCACAUACACUGUUAAUAUGUUUUAUAUAACCUGAUAUAAGGCUGCAUAAGAUGCAGUAAUGUCUUGCCAGUACUCAGUUUUGAGUUGUACAUUUUCUUUGGAAUAUUUCUUCUCUUGGUGUUCUCUAGAACAAAUUUAAGUGGUAAAUUUCUGUGUUACGGAUGCAAACGGAGCCUUUUAUACCAACUACUUGUCUAAAAGUGGUUCAGCUUUCUUGUCAGUCCACUGUAAUUUUAAUAAAGAAUGGCAUUAUCUAAA